GGAAAGUAAUGGUUAUCCCACGUUGAAUGGAAUCUAAAUACUUUUCAGAUCACCUUGUAAUAAAAAAAUAAAAUUUUGCCUACCUUAUAUAAAACAAACAAUAAAUCCACAGGUCCUAGGAAAUUGUGGGCCUCUAUUUCGAACUCAACUCACGAACCACGUGAGUGGAAUGGAUCAACUGGUGGCUGCAGUAAAUUGUAUAACACUCCUAGGAUCAGGUGGUGGGGCAGAGAUAGUUGAACCUUCUUAAAUACUGGUCUUAAGAUUGUUCUUUUUUGUUUCAUUACAGUGGAGGCUUUGAGUAAAAUGCCGGACGAAGUUGCUGGUUAUAAACUUGGUGCACUUGUUAUCGAGGGUAAAACUAAGAAAGUUUUUAGUAUUGAUAAUGCAGAUGAAGUGGUUAUUAUUAGUAAAGAUAGAAUCACAGCUGGUGAUGGUAUUAAAUCUCAUGAAUUGAAAGGGAAAGCUGAGAUUUCAACGAAGACAAAUGCUAAAGUUUUUGAGUAUUUAAACUCAUUAGGCCUCAAAACGUCAUUUAUAAAAACCCUCACUGGUACUGCUUUUCUUGCCAAAAAAUGUGAAAUGAUUCCCAUUGAAUGGGUAACACGACGCUUGGCUACUGGAUCCUUUUUAAAACGUAAUGUCGGUGUUAAAGAAGGCUAUCGCUUCUCACCACCUUUAGAAGAAACAUUCUUCAAGGAUGAUGCUAAUCAUGAUCCCCAGUGGUCAGAUCAACAAAUAAUAGAAGCUAAUUUUCACUUCAAUGGAGUAACAAUCACUCGCCAUGAAGUUGAUAUUAUGAAAAGGUCUGCAAUAACUGUUUUUGAGGUUCUGGAACGAGCAUGGGCGUCUCGGUCUUGUGCUCUCAUUGAUAUGAAAAUUGAAUUUGGGAUUGACUCAAAAGGUGAGAUUUUGAUUUCUGAUAUAAUUGAUUCUGAUUCUUGGAGAUUGUGGCCUUCAGGUGAUAAGAGAUUAAUGAAGGAUAAACAAGUAUACCGUGAAUUAUCUGAAGUUACCCAACAUGAUUUAGAAAAAAUUAAAUCAAAUUUUCAAUGGAUAUCUGAUCAGUUAGAUUACUUCAAAAGUGCACCCCAGAGUUUGGCAGUUAUAGUUAUGGGCUCACCAUCUGAUGAAGAACAUUGUAUGAAAAUUAAGAAGAAUUGUGAAGCUCUUGGACUUCCAUGUGAAUUGAGAGUUUCGUCUGCACAUAAAGAAACGGAAGAAACUCUUAAAUUGGUUGCUGAAUAUGAAGGAUUAGGACGAGACUUAGUUUUUAUAGCUGUUGCUGGUAGAAGUAAUGGUCUUGGUCCUGUCAUAUCUGGAAAUACUGCAUUUCCUGUUAUCAACUGCCCUCCUCCGAGUCAAUCUGCUACUCAAGAUAUUUGGUCAUCUCUGAGUGUUCCCUCAGGCUUAGGGUGCACAACUGUCCUGUAUCCAGAAACGGCUGCACUUGCUGCAACACAAAUACAUGCUCUCAAAGAACACAUGCUUUGGAGUCGACUUCGUGUACGUGCAUUAACUAAUUAUUUAUCAUUAAAGAAGGCUGAUAGCAUCUUGAGAAAAAGAUAAUUAGGAAACAACAUGAUAUGUGUAAAAAUUAUUAUUAUGGCCUAGAUUAGAAAGUUAUACCUUUUUACAAUAUUUUUGAAUAUUUAAAACAUUGUUUUGUUUAUAUUGUACCAUUUAUUAUUGUUUUGUAUGCUACUACAAAUAUAUUUUAUAAAACGUUAUUUG